AUGACUGUGCUGCACGAUUUAAAGAUAACAAGAAAAGCGCUUGAAAGUUGGACAGACAAUAUAUCUUGGGGGAAAGAUGGAAGCAUAUAUAUCUCUACCCAACCACAGCUGACUAUUUGUGAACCUUUGUUCUGUAAGUCAGUUCAAAAACAUUUGAAAAAUCUCUUUCACGUUAAGGAGUUACAUCUUCUUGGUCCUGAUAAUAAAUUUGAGAAUGUUUUCUUAGAUCAAAAUCAAAUACUAAACUCACAACCGGAACCUGCUAUUGUGCGCGUUGUCCCAUCACCUCGCCCAGGACUAGUGGCAGGGAUUACGAAACAUGCGAACAUUCUACUUUGUCAAGACAAUCAAGUGUUAUGUCAAGUUGAUGAUACAACUGCAGCUUACCCUAAUCGAGCGUAUCAUUCGUUGGCAUGGAACGAUAAAAGUGAUCUACUAUUCACAGGAAAUGAAAGAAAUACUAUCGAUAUAUUCUCUGUAUCCAUGGACAUCGUAGUGACCCACAUGAAAAGCCUUCCAUUAGAUUUCAGUGAUCAAAGUGAAAAUAAUUGGGUAACACUGUUGAGGUAUCAAAACGAAAAACUGAUAUGCUCGAAUAGUCAAAAUGAAGUUUACUUGAUAGAUUUAGCGUCCUCGACCAUAAAAAAGAUAUCGGAAGCUACUAAAUUCUCAAUAAGUGAUAUCCAGUUUGUCGGAAAUAGAGUUUUAAUUACGAGUUUGGGCUCUAUCCAUUGUUAUGAUAUAAAUGCCGACAAACACACAAUAGAAACAUUUGAUAUUUUAAAUGAGUUCUUUAUUAUUAGGUUACCUGAUAAAGAAAGUGCUAUCCUUUUAUCUGAUAAGACAAGUGUGAAAGUCGUUUUAACCGAUUCGAACAUAUCCCUCUCAGCAGAUGAAGUGAUUUCUCCUCUGCUGGAGAAGAGAUUUAUUAAAUGGAACAAUACAUUUAACGAAUAUCAUAAAUACGAAACCAAGUUAUAUGUUAGAGGUAUUUCUCCUUCUCCAGAUGGUUUCACGGUUGCAAUACUCUAUGAUAUCGAAAGAUUAUCUUUGAAAUACUCUAUUCCAUCUGAGCAAGUCUUUAGACUGCUUAUUGUACCUCUAUCUGAUAAAUGGGAGGUAUCAGAUAAAGCGUCUGGUUUGGCUUGGUAUCAAACCUACAAUGUAUACAAUGCACCAGCUUCAAAUAUGGCUAAUUUGAUAAGCGAAAAAGUCUUUGAUACUUCCCAGUCAUUCGAAGACUACUUAUCAUCAAUCCUAAAAAGUAAAGAGAUGCUACAAUGGAGAUUCAGUAGCUUCAUAGAAGAUCUUCCAUCUGCUAAAAAAAUACAUACAUUAAUCUUUUCUUAUGUUUCCAACCACCUAAACGAAAUCACAAACCCGUUAGAUCAAGCGUAUGCUAUUUGGUUAUCUGUACUUCUAGGAGAAAGCCCACCAUUUGAGCUUGCAGCAGUCGAAUUUAAAGGCCAGUUUAUUUCGGAAUAUUUUGAUUUCAAUAAGAAUGCGAAUGAGAACAUCAUUGUAUCAGAAUCAAAACAUGAGUGGAAAAGGUGCUGUGUUACUGGCUUACCCCUGAUAUCUACCAAUGUUAAGAUUUGUCCAGUAAGUAAAUGUCGUGUAAUUGACCUAGAAAAGGAUAACUUAAACGACUAUGGGUGGCUUUCAACUAUUGUUUUAAAAAUAUUUGGUAACAUUAGUAUAUUUACAGGUACAAAAAUGACUAGUGUUUAA